AGUUGGGCGACACAAAUGCACGAAUUCGUAAAUAUCAACAAAUUUCAAAUGAUCGAAAAGCCGUGACAAUUGAGAAUAGGAGAUUAACCCACCAAGAUGUUAAUCUAGUAAUGUAUAGAACCAUAGGCCUUGGCGCAAAAGACAAACGACAUGGCCACGAAGAAAAGAUGGCGUUAAAUCAAAGAGCUAUUUUCGAAAAUAGGGCCACAAGUGAUACCAUAAACAAAGAGACUCAAGUCAAAGCUCGAAGCGUAAAUGCAGAAGUAUCAGUCGAACAAGCCCAAAUAGAUAAUUUGGCUCUCAAGAGGACGAGUACAGAACCAAAUAAACGCGUUUCGGUUGCAGCUCAACGUCAUAGAAAUAGAGAGAACGAUCCUAGGAGUGAUGAUGCGGAUGCACAAGAAGAUGAUUCAGACCAAGAGGGAGAUGAAACUGAUGGAGACUGCGCGUGCCAACAAAAUACUGCCGACGACGCAGGGUCUCUUUUUACUACCGUACUCGCUGGGUUUGUCGCUAACGCAUUGAUAACAAUUUCUGUUGGAGUUUCUACAGGGGUUCUUUUGCACAGAUUAACAAAGCGGUACGUAAGUUUAUAAAUCUAAGAAUAUAUUACAUUUUUGAGAAAGUAAAUAAACGAUUAUUGGGAAGAUCGAUGUUUAGUGAGUGAAAUGAAUAGAGGUGACAUGGGUCAGAUGUUUUUCUUGUCGGAUUUGGUCAGAAAAAAGUGUGCGGGUCGGUUAAUUUCGGGUCGGGUCAGAAUAAAACAGAAAAAUGAAUUUAGUACUAGCAGCUAAAACGACUGGAUGUAUACACGGCACAUUAUAAGACUGUUUAAGCCCGCAAUACUGCAUACUCUGAUCAAGGAAAAAUGAUAAAAAACUUGGCAUUAAAUUAUUAUAGAAGAACUUGUAUUAUUUUCUGUUCGUAAUUUAGCCUAUGCGUACACAAGACAUAGGCCGGCUCGAAGUGGGAAAUUUUUGCCGGAAAUAUAAAUCAUUUUACGGUAAUUUACGAUUUUCCUGAGUGUUCUGACCCGACCCGAAAUUGGUAAGUCGUUAUUCACAUAGGCAAAGGCCGAUAGGAAUAAUUUUUAAAUAAAGAUGGCAUGGUAAUCGAUCUGUGUUUAUUUAUAAAUAGAGAAAAAGAUAAUACUGGAUUCUGUUGGUGCUGCCAUCUUUAUAUCGGCCCAGAACCUAUGGUU